AUGUACGCGGUGCUGGCUUACCUGCGUAAGAUGGCGACGUCGGAAGAUGCGGCGGACAGGAGGUGCCUCGUCUUGAGCGACUGCAAGCCCGCGCUACAGCAAAUCGAGGCGGCGUACCGAAGAGGCCCUCUUGAGGGGCUCAGGGAGUGGGAUCGAGGGGCUCAGUUGGAGGGGAUAUGCAGAUAUCGCGCCCAGCUCGAAUCCGUCACGUUCCUGUGGGUACCGAGCCACGCGGGGUGCGCUGGCAACGCCUAUGCCGACGCCGCGGCGACGGCAUACAUGGGGGCCAGCGAGAUUGAGGAUGCCACCGCCGUCAUCCGUGAAGCAGUGAGAACGCGCCCGUGUCUGUACACGGACCGCCGGAGGACGGCAGACAGAGAGGGGGGGCGGGAGGUACUGGACCGGAGGACCUAUUACGCCACACGCGGCCACACGAACGAGUGGGUGCGAGGACGGCUCGGCGAGGGGCUCACGGCGGGAUCACACACGGCGGGGGUGCCUGGGCCGCUGUGGAGCGAUGUGGUCAGGGGAACGACGAGACACAAAUGGGACAAGCGUCAGCGGAUCAAGGAUCAGCACGGCGAGCGUGAGAUACAAUUCGCCGACGUGGAUGAUCACAACGUGGUGACAAAGACCGUCAUGGGAGCGCGGGUGCGGCAGCAGGCGGGGGUGCCACACGGAGCGCACCACGAGAGGAUCAUGCGGGGAGAGGCGGGGAGAGAGACCCCGGGCGCCGCCACGAGGAGCGAACUCAGGGGCUGCCUCGUAUGUAAGGCCGCGAGGGACGCGGCGAGGAGGGCGGCACUAAAGCGGGACCCGCUGUGCCCGAUCGUGCGGAAAGCCGCGCAGCAAUGGACCGAGGAAGAUGAGAACCCGCCUAGAGCGACAAUGGCGCACUUGCUUAGCGGCGCCUGCCCGGGGAAUAGGGAGCAGGCCAGAUGGUUCCUCAGAGUAGCGCGAGCGCAGACGGGGACGGCGAUCAGCAAAGUAGCGCAGGCGGCACCCGACUCCAAGGAUACGCUGAAGACGCUGAGAAUAGCGCAUGUCGCUGCGCUGAAGGGCUCACGCUAUAGGGUGCUGGAUGAGGACGGGUACGAUGCACUAGCACCAGCCGUCGGGGGGGUGUUGCCGGCGCUGGUAGAUGAUCUCCCGGAGAAGAGUCGGAGGGACCUUGGCGCCGGGGUCACGAGGAACUUGCAAGUCGUGGCCGAGGCGGCGACGGGAGCGGAAGCUCUUCGCUGGGUGGAAGGAGGCCCGGCCAGCCUUGAGGGAGUCGCGGAGGAGGAGGGAUAA